AUGUGUUCCAAAAUUCACAAUUUAACAGUAAGUAUACUUUUAGAAUCAACUACAGAAACACCUACAGUUCCAUCAACUACAGAGACAUCAACAGCUACAUCAGCUACAGAAACAUCUACAACUACAUCAACUACAGAAACAUCUACAGUUCCAUCAACUACAGAAACAUCAACAGCUACAUCAACUACAGAAACAUCUACAGCUACACCAACUACAGAAACAUCAACAGCUACUACAGAAACAUCAACAGCUACAUCAACUACAGAAACAUCAACUACAGAAACAUCUACAGCUACAUCAACUACAGAAACAUCUACAGUUCCAUCAACUACAGAGACAUCAACAGCUACAUCAACAGCCACAUCAACUACAGAAACAUCAACAGCUACAUCAACUACAGAAACAUCUACAGUUCCAUCAACUACAGAAACAUCAACAGCCACAUCAACUACAGAAACAUCAACAGCUACAUCAACUACAGAAACAUCUACAGUUCCAUCAACUACAGAAACAUCAACAGCUACAUCAACUACAGAAACAUCUACAGCUACAUCAACUACAGAAACAUCUACAGCUACAUCAACUACAGAAACAUCAACAGCUACAUCAACUACAGAAACAUCUACAGUUCCAUCAACUACAGAAACAUCAACAGCCACAUCAACUACAGAAACAUCAACAGCUACAUCAACUACAGAAACAUCAACAGCUACAUCAACUACAGAAACAUCUACAGUUCCAUCAACUACAGAAACAUCAACAGCUACAUCAACUACAGAAACAUCUACAGUUCCAUCAACUACAGAAACACCAUCUACUGAAACAUCUACAGUUCCAUCAACUACAGAAACAUCAACAGCUACAUCAACUACAGAAACAUCAACUACAGAAACAUCUACAGCUACAUCAACUACAGAAACGUCUACAGUUCCAUCAACUACAGAAACUACAGAAACAUCUACAGAUACUUCAACUACAGAAACAUCUACUGCUUCAUCAACAACAGAAACAUCAACAGCUACAUCAACUACAGAAACAUCUACAGUUCCAUCAACAACAGAAACAUCUACAGUUCCAUCAACUACACAAACAUCAACAGCUACAUCCACUACAGAAACAUCAACUACAGAAACAUCUACAGUUCCAUCAACUACACAAACAUCAACAGCUACAUCAUCUACAGAAACAUCUACAGCUUCAUCAACAACAGAAACAUCAACAGCUACAUCAACUACACAAACAUCUACAGUUCCAUCAACUACAGAAACAUCUACAGCUUCAUCAACAACAGAAACAUCAACAGCUACAUCAACUACAGAAACAUCUACAGUAACCAUCUACAGCUACAUCAACUACAGAAACAUCUACAGUUCCAUCAACUACAGAGACAUCAACAGCUACAUCAACUACAGAGACAUCAACAGUUACAUCAACUACAGAAACAUCAACAGCUACAUCAACUACAGAAACAUCUACAGUUCCAUCAACAACAGAAACAUCUACAGUUCCAUCAGCUACACAAACAUCAACAGCUACAUCCACUACAGAAACAUCAACUACAGAAACAUCUACAGUUCCAUCAACUACAGAACCAUCUACAGCUACAUCAACUACAGAACCAUCUACAGCUACUUCAACUACAGAAACAUCUACAGCUUCAUCAACAACAGAAACAUCAACAGCUACAUCAACUACAGAAACAUCUACAGUUCCAUCAACAACAGAAACAUCUACAGUUCCAUCAACUACAGAACCAUCUACAGUUCCAUCAACAACAGAAACAUCUACAGUUCCAUCAACUACACAAACAUCAACAGCUACAUCAUCUACAGAAACAUCUACAGCUCUAUCAACUACAGAAACAUCUACAGUUCCAUCAACAACAGAAACAUCAACAGCUUCAUUAACAACAGAAACAUCAACAGCUACAUCAACUACAUAAACAUCUACAUUUCCAUCAACUACACAAACAUCAACAGCUACAUCAUCUACAGAAACAUCUACAUUUCCAUCAACUACAGAAACAUCUACAGCUUCAUCAACAACAGAAACAUCAACAGCUACAUCAACUAA